UACCACAUUCCUGUUUUAUUUGUAGUAUUCAUAGUUUCUGGUUUUGUUAUGUCAAUAAGUAAUUAACGAGUCAAAUUAGUCAAAUUGAGAGUAAUGUAAAGUCUCCCGGUGUCGGCUGGGCGGGGGAAUGUUUUGAUGUAACACAAGGAAAGGGUGCAAGUUGAAGGGGAACAUGGCAGCUUGCAUCAGUGCUAAACCUGGAUUAUUAAGCAGUAAAACCUCGCUGAUUCACGGUCUUUACAGAAAGAUAUCCCCGAAUAGUGUUUGUAUCCGACGAGCGGCUGAAAUUCAGAGUGUGAGAGCUUCAGCUAAUGCAACAGUAGACCCACAACACAGUGAAAAGUACUGUCUGGACUUGGUCAGGUCCAGAGACUAUGAAGGCUUCAUGUCUUCGCUCCUCCUCCCAUUGGAGGCACGGCGCUCCUCUCUGGCUCUAAGAGCCUUUAAUGUGGAGCUGGCACAGGUGAAGGAUUCGGUUUCCCAGAAAACCAUUGGUUUAAUGCGAAUGCAGUUCUGGAAGGCAGCCAUAGAAGAAAUCUACAGAGAUGAGCCUCCAAACCAACCAGUCAGUAUGGAGCUUUGGAGGGCAGUGAGGACACAUGACCUGACCAAAAGAUGGCUGCUGAGGAUCGUAACAGAAAGAGAAAAGGAUCUGGAUGAUAAAGCCUACAGAAACCUUCAGGAACUAGAGGCAUAUUCAGAGAACACACAGUCCUCCUUAAUAUACCUGCUGCUGGAGUGUUUAGGCGUGAAAAACGUCCAUGCAGACCAUGCAGCGAGUCACAUUGGUAAAGCUAAGGGAAUCGUAACAUGUCUCAGAGCUACUCCUUAUCACAGCAGCCGGCGGAAAGUCUACCUGCCCAUGGACAUCUGCAUGCUGCAUGGAGCUUCUCAGGAGGACUUCAUCCGUGGCAGUCGGGAGCAGAACAUUCGGGAUGUUGUGUAUGACAUCGCCAGUCAGGCUCAUGUGCACCUGCAACACGCACGAUCUUUUAGCAACAGUGUUCCAGCAGCAGCCACUCCGGCCUUCCUUCAUACAGUGGUGUUGGAGGACUACCUGCAGAGAGUGCGGAGGGCAGAUUUUGAUGUUUUCCACAAAAGCCUGCGGAACAGAAACCCACUCCUCCCCAUCCAGCUGUAUUUCCGCUCCUGGAAGAAGACCUACUGACUUCGGUUCUCCUCCCCGGCCAGUCGUCCCAGUUUGCACCCUCUAGGAGCUGCAGGACUAAAUCCCAGAGACUUCAUCUCUCUGGGGUUUUCUGCCAGUCGACUGCCCUCAAGCAGGCUCAGAACCAUUUUGAACCUCAGUCCUGCCACUGAAGUCUGCCUCUAGAGAAAACAACCGAAAAACCAUGAGCCGCUCUAGACCGUUGUUUUCAGACCUCUGGUUCAAGCAGCAGCUUGUCGGUAAAAUCAUUAGUGAUUUAGCCAGAAGAGUUCGCUGGACAUGCGGAUUACUUCAUACGUCAGGCAGUAUUGAAUGGAUUAUUUUAAAAUGUGCAAACAAUGUUAUUCUUGAUCAUAUGUCUUUUAAAUUAUAAUCCUGGUUAAUUGCA